UAGAAGGUUCCUAUUAGCACUGUUGUCGGAGGCAUUUGGAGGUGGGACCAAAUCCAUUUCCGGUUGUCAUUCAACGAGUGUGGGCAGCUCGGCAGUACAGUCAAUAUUUAAGCGUUCCUCGCAUUGCUGCUGUCUGCUGCAAGACAUCAUGACGCUGUUUCACUUUGGGAACUGCUUUGCCUUGGCUUAUUUCCCCUACUUCAUCACAUACAAGUGCAGCGGCCUUUCAGAGUAUAAUGCCUUCUGGAGGUGUGUCCAGGCUGGUGCAACCUACCUGUUCGUGCAACUCUGUAAGAUGCUGUUCCUGGCCACAUUCUUCCCCACCUGGGAAGGAGGAGCUGGGGUGUAUGACUUUGUCGGGGAAUUCAUGAAGGCGACAGUGGACCUGGCAGACCUGCUGGGCCUCCAUCUUGUCAUGUCUCGUAACGCUGGUAAAGGAGAGUACAAGAUCAUGGUGGCUGCCAUGGGCUGGGCAACAGCCGAGCUCGUCAUGUCCAGGUGUCUUCCUCUGUGGGUGGGAGCCAGGGGCAUCGAGUUUGACUGGAAGUACAUCCAGAUGAGUUUUGACUCUAAUAUAAGCCUGGUGCAUUAUAUCGCCAUGGCAGCAGUUGUAUGGAUGUUUACACGAUAUGACCUUCCUAAGAGCUUCAGGCUACCUGUCACUGUGCUCCUGGGCCUCUGUGUCUACAAGGCCUUCUUAAUGGAGUUAUUCGUCCAUGUCUUCCUGCUGGGCAGUUGGACAGCGCUGUUGGUGAAAGCCGUGCUGACGGGAGCCAUCUCUCUCUGCUCGCUAUUUCUCUUUGUCACUCUGGUCCACAGCAAUUAAGUAAAACCCCACACGCUGGAAGAAGCCUUUUUACCACCUAUUACCACCUCAGUCCAAAUAUCACAAACUGUUGGUUGAAGCAGAUUGCAUAUUUGGACCUGUUUGAAGUAGAGAAAAUGCAUCAACUGCCAAGCUGAACAGCUCCUCCACUGAUUUUUUUUUUUCUUUCUGGUUGUCUUCAGUUCUUCAGAAAAUGGACACUGGCACACCUUUGCCAUAAAUACAAUCUGUUGUCCUCUGUGGGCUCUUAAUGGAAAAUGUGUUCAGUCCACCAGUUAAAAACACACUAUGUUUGGUUUACUCAAGAGGCCUCUGUAACUGAUUGUCCAGGUUGUGCUGACAUUGGUUAGUUAAUUUUGUGAAAAGGUGAACUUUGUAGCACUCCCAAGUGGAAGAAAAAUGAUGACGAGAGAUAACUUCUGUUUAGCUUCUGUUGUCCAAAAUGAGACAUGGUGUGUGUAUGUGUGUGUGUGUGUUCAGUUGUAGGCUAUACUGAAUGGAUUUAUAACAACUGGACAGUGGUGGUCGUGUCCUUGGACCAAUGGCCUCAAUAUACCAGUUUAUACCCCGCAUCACAUGCAUUUAAAACAUCCUCACUAAACUGUGGAACCCUUUUUUUAAGAGAAAUUGUAUUUUACUCAUGAAACUGAUUGAGGCUCACAGUAUGAAUGAGAUCAGGACACAGCUCUGCAUUGUGGCCUCAUUUGGCUUGAGUGUGAUGGCGAUAAUAAAUGUCUUUCUGUUGUACAAUC